AUGGACGCUGGAGACAUGUGGAGCAUGCUAAGAUGCGCGGGGGGUGCGCAGGAUAAAACGAUAAUCAAUCGCUUGAUGCUCACAUUCCGGCCGAUUGCCCCGAACCCUCCCGUCGGCGAGCCGUUUCCGGGUAACCCAGGAUCUGACAACAAGAGCCUGCUGCUUGUCAACAAGAGAUCUAAGAGAAAGUACGUUAGGGUUUGCAAGAAUAAUACCAGGAAAAAAGAUGAUAAUAAUAAUAAGAAUAAUUAUAAUAACAAAAAUAGCUCGUCAGAUCAAGAGAGAUCAGAACAAGGUGUGGUCACACUGCAGUUGCUGCCGGAGAGCGGUGAUGAAUGCAAGGAGCCGAGACACAAUCCACCGUCAUCGUCCGAUCUUGAUCCUACGGCGGAGGUAAUGCAAGAAUAUCAUGUCGUUGAUGAAGAAAAUCAAAACCCACCCACGUGGCUGGAAAUCGGGCCGUCAGCAACAGAUCCGACGGGGCCGGUUGAGUCAUGGGUAACGGUGGAGUGCGUGACCGACGCAUGCAUGAGCGGAGCCGAACUGAACGGGAGUAGUUCGGGCACGUUCGACGUAGAGAGAAUAAUGGAGCAUCUAGAGAGAGACACGUGUCCCGGGUUCAUAUCCGACGGGUCGAACCGGGUCAGUUGGGUAAACGGUGCGUAUCGGAGAAUGAUUGGUGUAACGGGACCGGACGGAGAAGUAGCGGUGCGGUUGGUGGUGAAAGAGAAGCUGCCGUGGCAAUACGCACCGUUUUCAUGUCAAGCGCGGGUGCAGUACAACAAGUGUCAGAAGAUGGUGCCCUGUGAUGUUUGGAGAAUGGAUUUUAAUGGAGGUCUUGCAUGGAGGCUUGACAUUAAAGCUGCGCUCAGUUUGGGUCUGUAA